UUCAGGACCAAUUUUGACACAAACUUCGAGGACAGAAAUGCCUAUGUCACUGGAGUUUCCAAGUACAUUGAAGAAGCUACUCGUCACGCCUUAUUUAAUGACUUGUUAGCAGAAGGAUUACAACAUGCUGCAAAUCUUUAUACGUGGAGGUGUUGCUCACGAGCUGCUCCAACAGUGAAGUCGAAUGAUCAGCCAAAUCGUGUUGAAAUCAACAUGAAAGUAGUGGAAGUUUUGAGGCCUGAAGUCGACAAGUUGCAGCAAUUUAUGCUGUUCACGAAUGACGCAAUCUCACGUUUUUGCGAGGAAGUUCGACGUCUCUGUCACAUAGAAAAGCGAAAAGAUUUUGUCUCUGAAGCAUAUUUGUUGACGUUGGGCCGGUUUUUGAAUAUGUUCGCUGUGUUGGACGAAUUGAAGAACAUGAAGGCUUCCAUUAAGAAUGACUUCUCUGCCUUCCGGAGAUCUGCUCAAUUCCUUCAAGUGAUGUCGGAUACCCAGACAAUUCACGAUAUGCAAAACCUGAGUAUGUUUCUAGCUACACAAAACAAGAUUAAAGGAUGA